GGAAUGAUGUCACAACUCGUUACGCCAUUUUUGUUGGGGAGCAGCAGUCGUGUCCAGAAAAGGAGGAUUAGAUUCAGCACAGGUACCUCUGUGUAUUCAUCUCUGUGAGCUGUCCGCAGAAAGGGACACUUGCGUCACUUUCACACACACAUAAUGUCGACGGAAAACCCGGACUCGGACACUCAGGCGGACUACGAGGACGAAAAACAGGACUCACAGGAGAAGAAUGCAAACCCGGCAAAGGCAGAGGAGGCAAAGCUGAAGGCCAAGUACCCCGGCCUUAAUCACAAGCCAGGCGGAUCAGAAUUCCUGAUGAAGAGACUACAGAAAGGGCAAAAGUACUUUGACUCGGGCGACUACAACAUGGCCAAAGCCAAGAUGAAGAACAAGCAGCUUCCUGUGGCGGGGCCCGACAAGAACCUGGUGACCGGCGACCACAUUCCCACGCCGCAGGACCUACCCCAGAGGAAGUCGUCCUUGGUGACCAGCAAGCUAGCCGGCUAGCCUCCACCGUUCGAGACGCACUCUCACCCCCUGGGGCUCCCGGCAACCGUCCCUCCUCCCCCACCUCACCCAUGUCCCCAAUAUUGUCCACCCCUCUGUCCACCCUCUCUUCCUUUUAUGUCCCCAGGCACCACUGGCUUUACCACGUCGGGCAGAGUUGUAUAAGUUUAAAAACUCCAUUUUUGCUGGUAUGUGGGCGGGGCCGGGUGGGAGGGAGCGAUGAAGGUUCAGGCGAUCCCACGAGGUCACAGCCUUCUCUGCCUUCCCACCACGCACAGCUCUGCCCCCUCUGCGCACUCUGCUCUGCCGCCUCCCUUAUAUCUUGGUUUUCUGUGUUCCAAGAUGCAUCACAGUAGGUGUGUGUCAUCAGGCAGGGGUUGGAUGGGGUGAGUUAAUGCACUUUGUAGUCUGUAUAGUAUGCCUUUGUUCUUUUUUUUUUGCAUCCUAAAUGACACCAAAAUGAUGUGAGUAAGGGAGUUAGGAACCAGAAUCGCAGCACGCUCUUUGGUUUUUGUUGUUCAUGCUGGCGGCGGCGGCUGGCUUCGGUUGGAAGUUGUACAUUAAUAAUUGCUUGCAUACCAAAUCUGUGAGUGGGCAGCUGCCUAGCUUAAGUACUUUAUUAUUCACUGACACCGUAUUGGGAAAUUGGGGAAGCAAAUUGAUGCUUCCUUUUGUGUCAACCUUCGGUCACUUUACGUCGAACAAAAUCCGAGGUCACCUGCUGCAGCUCAGCCAAACAGGGAUUUAUAAAAAAAAAAAACGUUUUCAUCUCUUCGCUCACAUUGCUUUAAUUCUCAACCUGUUCUUUCCAAAUAUGCUGCACGAUUGUAACAAAAGAGAAAUUUUAAAUUUAAAAACAGGAGCAGGGCGGGGCUUCUGCCUUGUGCUCCAAAGAAUCGAAACUAAACACACUAGCCCUGAGACUGUCCCCGUCAUACCUUCCUUCCCUCCUUUCCUGUUUGCUGUCCUGACAAUCCACAUGUAAACACACACACGCUCCAGCUGAGCGGCCGCAAAGCGAGAGCCAGCCAAGUAUAUCCUCAUGGUCCUUUUUAAUGGCUGGGAAGCCUGCCAACGUCUGCGUUCAGUCCUCUGUUGAGUUGCAUCAAGACGUGUGUUUACUAUGAGCCUAAAAGAUUAGCGGGGAGCUUGAUCUCUCUGCAUAGAGUAUAUAUGCUUCUGUAAAUACAACCCGUAAAGCACGUGACUCGUGGUAAGCUUGGCGCUUUCAGGCACAGACCGGCUGACACGCCUAAGAGAGAUUGUAGUGCUAAAUACACUCCCUUGAGGUUUUUUUUUUUUUUUUUUUUUUGCCGUGAAAGUUCGCUGCAGACACUGGACUCGGAGAGCGUGAUUAGAGUUGUCUUUUCAUUAUAAUGUGAUGAUGAAACCUGGAACCCAAGCUGCUCCAUCUCCGAGUGUUUUUGACCCUCGGUUCAGAUACUUCUCCCGUCAGAUUUGAAACAGAUCCAGGCACCGCUAAAGGUUAGCCUUCAAGUAUCACAUGUUGAUCGCUCCAUCCACUUAAAGACUAAAGUAACCACAGACGUUGCCUUUAAGGACGCUCCGGCAAUUUAGUGAAUGUUUUUACAAAUUUUGGGCUUUCCAAAAUGUUUUCUCUUAUUUUAGCUGCUUGUCAAAGAUACACGAGAACCCUCUUUACUCUCUCUGGUCGGGUUCUCGUUCAUCUCGAUAUUGUUAUUAAUACACUUUGCAAGACGUUAGCUUUAACACAAGAAUAUUUUAGUUCCCUUAAAUCCUAAGCUUGAGUAUGGACGUACUCCUGCGAGCAGCACCAUCCUAGGAAAACAUUUUUUCCUUCCCAAACUGACACAGGCUGAUCUUUGAUCUCAGGGGUGUCAGAGGGUCAACAGCAGGCAACUUGAUAACCACAAGCGUCGGCCCAGAUCCCAAGCUCGCCAUCAGAGGCCUAAAGUUAGAACUGCGUGCCUGCAGAGUACGCUCACUGCAACCCUUGGCAUAACAGCGAGAGAUUUUAUAACACAUGGUUAGUGAAAUUAAGCUCUUGAGUCACACCUUAUCUUACCUUUCCUCUGGAAGAGGUGUUCUUUGCUUUCAACACUUUGAACCAAUGCGUUCAAGAAUCUGAACUGGAGAUCCUCCUUGUAUGAUAACGCUUCAGGGAACCUUCACAGGCGCACACUCCACCAUGUAGGCUAAGUGAUAGGGUGCAGGCAGCAUCACAUUCUCCGACUCACUUUGUCAUUGAGACUUUAAAAAAAAAAAAAACGUGUCAAAUUUGAAGCGGGUGAAAGAGAACUGACCUUACCUGCGUGUGCUCGUUUUGGUGUAUGAAUGAAUGCUUUUUUCUCUGUUCCAGCCGAUGUAAAUAGAGUUCGACAGGAAGAGACUUUUCAGUUUUUUCUCCUGGCUGCUUUUCACUCCUUCACAUCCCAAGCUAUUUUCUGAUUCUAUGGUUCCUCUCUCCUUUCAGUUUAACACUACUUCUGCUCUUAUCUAAGGGAAGUGCGGAGGCUAUGUGAAUCUGUAUCAUAUGAACAUAUGUGUAAAUGCUGCUGAUUCAAAGACAAAUCUAAGAGAUGAUACCAUGUAAAGAACACCUGUCCUCUUCACCUCUCUUAAUUUGGACGUAAACGCUGCCACGUUGUUGAACUUGAUUCAGCUUUUAGUCCGGCGGAGCUCAAAAGAACAGUCUGGAAGGCUCUGUCGCUUUAAAUGACACCAAACGGCCAUUUAGCGUCACGCUCUGUUGUAAACCCGACAGUGUCCUCCUGCUUGUUAAGAAAUAAAUAUUGCUAAAAGAGAUGAUCGAAUAAAGCAGCGACAUGUUCUGUAAAACGACUGCGGACAGAACUUGAUGUGUGGUUUGUGCACGGAGAGCGGUUCAACGAGCCGACACACACAGGGCGUCUCUCGUUCAGCUAUGAUAAACACGUGCCAGAAUGUAUAAAGAAAAGACAGGCUGUGUGCUCUGAAGUACUUUUGUGCUGCUUUUACCUGAUCGGUUUUCUUGUUGGUUUUUGCAAAUUAAUGUUUCUUUUUUUUUUGUUUCUUGUGUUCUGUUAUUGCAUUAUGAACAUAUAUAUGUAUAUAUAUAUACAUAUAUAUGUUUAUGUCAUCCUGGCCCGAGAUAACUGCAGGGAAAUCAGAGGCACCCUUGCUUCCUAGAAAGUAAAAAAAUAAAAAUAAAAAAAAUAAAAAAAAGGGUUUACAUGAUAAAAGAGGAUGACUGGAAACACAGGAAUGAUUUUAAGACUUCAGAAAGUACACGAGUACUUGGAAUGUUUCUGUUGUGUGGGAGUAGGUGAGAGGAUUUUUGUCAGUAUUUGAAAUAAACUUUUACAUUAAUAACA